UGCCAGCUCUUUAGAAGCAGCAGCGCCCCCUUUCCCUUUGUUUUGCUUGCGAUCGCCUUCCGUAAACAAAGAAAAGCAGCAGGCGAGCCAGCCCAAGGCCGCUCGGCCAGCCUCGGCAGCGCCGGAGCCUAGAGGGCAGUGUGAGCGCCGCCGCGGCCGCAGCCUGGAAAGGCGGAGCGGCAGGAACUGCUAAGGCGAGGCGUUUUUGACAUCAGUUCCUCUGGCUGGGAGCGGGGGGUGGGAAGAGUUUUCUUCCCGAAAAUGCCACAAGUAGAAAGCGGCGAGCCCCGGGCGGCUGCCCUGGGGCAGGAGGCGGCGAGCGGGCGCGCCCCGUGAGGGUCUGCUGCUGUCGGCGGCGCCUUCGAGGCUGCGCGCCUGCUCUUUUCCCCUCCUGGGAGCGAAGGAGCUUCAGUUAGUGGCGGCGGCAGCAGCAGCAGCGACGUCAACUCCGGCCCCGCUCGCCGUCGCACCCAGCAUGAGCAGUGGCGGCGGCGGGCGCUCGGGCGCCCGCGUGGCCGUGAAGAUGGAGGUGGCCCCCUUCUACGGCGAGGACGGGCUGGAGCUGCUCCCGGACUUCGUGCAACUGCCGGGCUUCGCGGGCGGGCCCGGCGCAGCGGGACCUGCGGGGCUGGAUCCGGCCGAGGAAAGCGCGGCGGACCAACAGCACAAGCUGCUCCUGGCCGGGAAGAAACAGCAGCAGCGGGACUUGGUGGCGGCGGCGGCUGCCACCCCCGGCGCUGCCUUGCCGCCCACCGGUCCCUUCACCUCGCUGCGCCCCCGGGGCGGCACCAGCAACGCCGUGCACCGCCUGAUCCCCGACGCGCCCGGAGUCGGCCAGGAGGUGGGCUCGGGCGUCCUGCAGCCUCUGUUGAAGCUGCCGGCGGCCGCCGACCUAGAGCAGCUGCUGAUCCAAGCGGGCAGCCCUGGCCUGGCCGGUCCGGCCAGCCCCGGCGCCGGAGGGCCUUCGGUGGCGGCGGCGGCGGCCGGGGGCUCCUUCUUGUACCGGUCUCCGCAGCCCUCGGCCCAGCAGCAGGCGGUGACGCAGGAGCAGGAGGGCUUCGCCGACGGCUUCGUGAAAGCCCUGGCCGACUUGCACAAGCAGAACCAGCUGCUCGGCGUGUCUCCGGCGCCCCUCUCGCCCACCGCCCACCCGGGGGGCCCCUGCUGCCCUCCGUCCCGCCAGGAGUCGCCCGCCGUCUACACCACCUUGGGCGGCUUCAACCCGGCCAGCCCCUCGGCCGGCGGCACUUUUUUCCCUCCCCAAGUCGUGGCUCGCCUUCCAGCGCCCGGCUCGACGGGGAGAGCUUUGGAGGAGCCUCAGACGGUGCCAGAGGCGGCCGUGGUGUCAGUUCCUCCUCCUCCGCCACCUCCGGCGCUUUCGUCCGGAGACUCGCCGCCGCCGGCCUCCUCCUUGUCCCCGCUGGACGCCGAGAGCCAGGAGCGCCUGAAAGCCGAGCGCAAGCGGCUGCGCAACCGCAUCGCGGCCUCCAAGUGCCGCCGGCGCAAGCUGGAGCGCAUCGCCCGCCUGGAGGAGAAAGUCAAGGCGCUCAAAGGGCAGAACGCCGAGCUGGCCGCCACCGCCAGCCUCCUGCGCGCCCAGGUCACCCAGCUGCAAGGCCGCGUCCGGAGCCACCUCUCCAGCGGCUGCCACAUUAACGCCGCGGCGGCGGCCCCGACGCAGACCUCGGCGGCAGCUAGCCAGCCCCCGGGCAGAGAAGGAGCCACAGAACCGGAGACCAGCGCUUGCUGAAGCCGCUCGACCGUCCCGCGACGGGGAGAGAUACCGAGGCGCGCACAAGCUUGCCUUGCGUGGCAGAGCGGGAAGGAUGACCCCUUGAUGGUGGCGAACCUUCAGUUCCCUCUUCUUCGGUUCCCAAAGGUGCCAUUCGGUCAUCGGAGGAGCUUGGCGAACGGAUGGGUGAAGAGGUUCCUCUCCCACACGCCCCCUAUGCACCCCUGUGCCCUCUUCCCAGCUCCAAAGGGAGCCCCAAGAGCCAGAGAGAAACGCGGCGUAAUGGGAGGUGGGGAGGGAGAAGAAAUGUGGGGAGCAACAGUCUCUGCUCCUCAAGGGACAGGAUGGGACAACAGACGCUUUGGACAGCCAGGGAAUGUUGUUUACUCCCGAAACCAAACUUUUAACAAGUACUCUUCAGUCGGAACCAAUUUGAGAUCAUUUCCAGCAUCGAUAGCUUUCCUGCCAAGUCGUGAAAGUGACGCUGAAGUGAUUAAUAACCAGAUUGUGGUGUUUGGGUUUUUCUUUCAGGAGCACAGGUCAGGUGCGCAGACAUCAGGGCGAAGGAGGGUGUGUGAAGCUGCAGCAGUUGAUGCCAUUCUGACAGUCCCCCAGUUACAUCAGGAAGCUCACUUUUCUAGCUUCUCCAGCUCAAAACAAAUCUGAAAAGCUUUGCAGAUCAGACACAGAAAAAAACAAAACCAGAUUGUUGCUGGAAGUCCAAAGAUCUCUUCAAUGAUCCCACCUGAUCUUAUGGUGUGGGCAGAAGUUGUCUUUGUUGAGGACUAUAUAUUUUAGAGAUUCUUGAAUUUUUUUAUUAUUAUUUUUGUGGUGGAAGGUGAUUAGAGUCAACCUGUAUAGCUUUUUCUUCAAGUUGCCAGGGAUUGUUUUAAAAAAAAAUCCAGUAUUUUUUGGCUGCAGGCUUAUUUAUUUAUUUCUUUAAAAAGGCUUUAGAUUUUCUAUGAUGGGGUGCUAAUUGUUUGGUAAGGGGCAUGUAUGUCAUGCAGAUUGCUAGGUGUUUUGAUAAGAGCGGUAAUAUUUUUAAAAGAUACAAUCCUUGCAGUUUGACACAGGGUAGUUUUGUGAAAUGUUUCUCAAGAAUUUGGGAUGGUCGUAGCUAAUACAGGGCUUGUCAAGUCUUAUGUACAGAGAGAUAACUUAUUAUUUUCCUGCUGUAGAAGUUUUAUAGAAUUGCUCAGACUUUGAGAGAGCCAAAAUGUAAUUGUUUAGGAAGAUACUAUAAAUAUUAUAGACAAUAUGGCAGUGUAGUUUUUCUUGGUGUAAUAAUGGAAAGUCAAAAAAUGAUUACCGUAGUUGCUGUGAGAAUGUUUUGGUUGAAUUUCUGAUGCCGGAUAAUUUGCUCAUCAUGAAUGAGUAGUGCUAAAGUACAGCAACAGAAGAUGAUGUGCCACACAAAACUAUUUAUUUAAAAAUUAGUGUUUUAAGAAGAUUGUGGGGUUUUUUCUAGACUUAUGAGCUCCAUUUUAUUUCUUGUGCCAGCACAAAUCUGGGACAUUGAUAGGCUUAUUUAUUGAAAUGCUUUGGAAUGUCACAUUUUAUUUUUAUAAUGUGCAGAAUGAUAAAAGAAAUGGUUUUGGAAGAGUAAAUAUCAGAUGAUUUAUCCUUCAUGGUGCACAUUCCAGCUGUAAUUGCUCUGUAUGAAAGUAUAGUGGCUGAGGCUGCAGUCCUAUGCCCACUUACUAAGGACUAAGUCCCAUUGAACUCAAUGGAGCUUGCCUUUGAGUAGACGUGUCUAGGGUUGCACUGCCACUGCUAUGCAGAAAAGGCUUGGUGUUUUUUU